AAUACCGAGCAAAGUUUGGCGCGCGCGCGAACCGCGCCUUCAAACCAACAUGGCGACGGCCGUAGCAGCGCGCCUCUCAGAAUAACGUUACCGGAAAAGUGAUUUUUCCGCUCCUGUACCGGUUUCAAAUACCUAUAGUGUCGUAAAAAUGUUAUAGUGUUUGUUGUGUGUUUUGUUUUAAAGUGUCCGUGCUAAGUGAUUGCAUGUGUGAUACCAAUGGUGUGGGGAGUACGCGGGACGACGGUCGAGACUCGCCGGGUAGCACCGAUCAAUUAACGAAAUGCGCGAACAAAGACUGCGAGCCGGACUACGUUGCGGUAGGUAGCCGGCUGCGCGGCGCCAUGGGCACCCGACCACCAGCGCGGUUCUGGCCCCAGCUGUGGGCCACAAUCGUCAGGAAUCUGCUACUCAAGAAGCGGGACACGAGGAAAACCCUCGCUGAGGUGCUCGUCCCGCUUUACUCCCUGGGCGUGCUGAUCUUCCUCAAGAUGCUGGUGCCGAACCCCAAUUUCCCUGAAGUCCGGAACCCUGGCCGGCUGUACCACAUCCACCACGACGCCUUCCCAGAGAACCAUUCAGUAGCUGUGGUUGCUGACUGGCAGAACGCUAAUGGCACUGUUAGUUUUCUAGAAGAGAUCAACAUUCUGCUGAUGGAGUCCCGCCACCACGCCAUCAACUGGGUCCGCUACAACGACACUACCGAGCUGAACGACGCUUACCACAAUGACGCCAGAAACUUCCCAAUCGCAGUCAUCUUCCAUUCUGACCCUACAGCUUUCGGGGAGCCACUACGCUACACAAUUCGCACAAAUCCAUCUCACGCCGGCACCCCAUCCACAAGAACCUUCUACACGUCACCAGCCAAAUGUCGAGAGAGGACAGGAGUCAAGGACUGGUCAUCCGACUGGUCUAAAGGUGGCCAACUGAUUCCACUAUCAGAUAUGCACAGAGAAGACGCGUGUCCUGUGCUGCAGUAUUAUUACUCUGGGUUCCUGGCGCUGCAGAUGCUUAUAGACUACAGUAAAAUCAAGCUGGACACCAGUCGGUCAUUCCCCCCGCCUGACAUACAACUCCUGCAGUUCCCUAAGCGGCAGCACACCGGCGACUGGCUGGUGAUCUUCCGGGUCAUCAUGCCGAUGUACAUGGUGAUGACACUGUCUCAGUUCAUCACCUACCUGCUCAUGUUCGUCGUGGGGGAGAAGGAGAACAAGAUCAGAGAGGGGAUGAGGAUUAUGGGGCUGAGGGACUCUGUUUAUUGGAGUUCCUGGUUCUUAAUCUACGCGGUGUUCGUUACAAUCUUAGCUACAGUCAGCACAGUAUUAUUAUUUACUUUAAAAGUAUUCCAGCAUUCGUCUUAUGUCCUCAUCUUCCUCCUGAUGCUUCUGUUUGGGUUCACCAUCAUCACCUUUGCUUUCAUGUUGACACCUUUCUUUGACAGGGCCAGGACUGCCGGUAUCCUGGGUAGUUUCGCUGUGAACCUGAUGAGUGGCCUGUACUUCAUCCAGGUCUUCGUCUCCAACGCAGACUCCCUCGCCUUUUGGUUUGUCUCCCUCAUCAGCUCCAGUUGUUACGCUCUCGCCAUGGACAAGGCCCUGGUGCUGGACAUGGCGGGGGUUGGGGUGACGUGGGACAAUCUAUGGAGCGGACCCGGGGUCCCGUUCGGCGGCAGCCUCAUCAUGAUGGCUGUCGACACUGUGCUGUACGCCCUGGUUGCCUACUGGCUGGACGCUGUCAUACCUAGUGAAUACGGCAUAAAACAGAAGCCCUGGUUCUGCCUGCUGCCCUCAUUCUGGCUGGGCAGUCGGCGGGGGCGAGUGUCCGCCAUACACCUCCACUCCAACGGAGAGAGCGGGCAAAACAAGGAUAUUGAGCCUGUGCCUAGAGAGCUGCAAGACAAAGAAGCCAUCAGAAUUGUGGGCCUCCAGAAGAGUUUCCGCCACUGCCGAAAGCCUGAAAUCAAGGCCAUCGACGGCAUUGACCUUAGCAUCUACGAAGGUCAGAUCACAGCGGUCCUGGGUCACAAUGGAGCGGGGAAGUCAACGCUUUUCAAUAUCUUGACUGGUCUUACGUCGCCAACGGCUGGCACAGCUUAUGUAUAUGGCUUGGACGUUAGAGAUCCCAACGACAUGCAUGAGAUUCGGCAGAUGAUUGGCGUGUGCCCACAACAAGACGUGUUGUUUGAUCUCCUCUCAGUUAAGGAGCAUCUUCAGUUCUUCGCUGCUGUCAAGGGCAUACCUCGCAAACGCGUUCCCGACGAGAUCCACAAGUCCUUGUCAGACGUGGGUUUGCUGGAGCAGGCGGGGGUGUUCGCCAAGCAUCUAUCAGGGGGGCAGAAGAGGAAGCUGAGUAUAGCCAUCGCGUUUAUUGGAGAUCCUAAGAUAAUAAUCCUGGACGAACCAACGGCUGGAGUGGACCCGGUAUCAAGGAGGCAGACUUGGAGGAUCCUGCAGAGGGCCAAGAGAGGAAAGGUGUUGCUGCUCACGACGCACUUCAUGGACGAGGCUGACAUAUUGGGAGAUAGGAAGGCUGUUAUAAGUAAAGGAAGAGUCCGCUGCGCAGGCACCUCCCUAUUCCUGAAGAACAAGUUCGGCAUCGGCUACCACCUCACGCUGGUGCUGGACGGCGCGUGCCGCGAGCACCAGAUCACGCGCAUGGUGCGCGGUCACGUGCCGCGCGCGGAGAAGGCCCGGAGACAUGGGAGAGAACUGUCGUAUAUAUUGCCCCACUACGCUGUGCACCUCUUUCCGCCGCUGUUCCAUGCGAUCGAGCAUGAGAUCAAGGAGAAGACUAAUAGACUUGGUAUAACAAGCUAUGGUGUAUCAAUGACGACGUUAGAAGAGGUGUUCCUCAGUCUAGAAGGAGAGAACGCAGAAGAAACAGAAGCAGUAGAGGGAGUGUCGUCAGUAAAGCUGGUGCGAGCUCGCGCGCUGUCCAGAAGUCUAUCGCUACAGAGUAAAACGUUGAGCUAUCAGGAGCUGAAUGAUAAGGAGUCUCAGAAGGCGACGUCUUUGCCGACACCGCCGGCCUCCCACGCUUUACAUUCCACCACGCAUGGUGUGGAACAUGUCAAGGUGACCCCUUCGGCCCCAGUGUCAGUAGAUGCCCUAAGCUCAGUUGUGAAGACCCAGCCCUCGUGUUGGCGCACGUUCUGCGCACUGGUCUACAUCCGCACUGUGAGGAUGAUCCGCGACCCUUACAAGCUUUAUGUCAUGAUCUUCAUGCCCAUUAUAUCCUGUGCCCUGGGACUCUACAUGAAGUCGCGACAGAUCGUCUUUUUCCGGAUGCAGCCACUCAAACUAGACCCAAACGCAUACGUGAACAAAACUCCAAUUGCAUUAUUCAGCGAGCAAUAUAACGAGAGGCAGAUUUCUGACUUAAGGACAUCGUUGGAAACCCUUGGAGCCUACCCUAUUGUGGACUUCAAUGGGAACUUCUCAAGUCUUCUAGACAUGGAGAACUUCGGAGCGUUUAGUCUAAGGGAUAGUCCAGUGUCGUUUGCGAAGAUUAUGGCCUAUUACAACAGUACAUACACGCACAGUUUGCCUAUCAUCGUUAAUUUGUUGGAUAAUAGUAUAUACAGAAUAAUAAUGCAGUCAACCGGGUUGCUAGACAGCUGGAAGCCGAUCGAGGUAUUAGCCCAUCCCUUCCAGCAGACUGAACAGCAAGAAGAGUUCAAUCUGGGGAACGUUGUGUGUGCCAUUUUUAUGGGUAUGAUCUUCGCGCUGGUGCCCGUCACUUUAGCCGUCGAUAUUGUGUAUGAUAGAGAGAUAAAAGCUAAGAACCAGCUUCGCGUCAACGGCCUGUCGAUGAGCAUGUACUUCCUCACGUACUUCACUAUUCUGAUCUUCAUCAUGAUCGUCACCAGCGCUGGGGUGCUCGUGUUGGUAAUGGUGAACGACAUUCCGAGCUUGACCAACGGCUCUGCGAUAAUCAUGCUCACAGGCCUACUGUUGCUCUACAGCCCGUCCGCCAUUUUGUUCAACACGUGUCUGUCCUACAUCUUCGACAAAAUGGACUCCGCUCAAAGCAUUAUGCCUAACAUCACUACUUGGGUCGGCGUUAUACCAUUCAUUUUGGUCGUUGUCUUGGAUACUUUCAAAUGGGGUAGCGACAUAGCCUUCUAUCUCCAUUUAGUAUUUAGUUUCCUGGACGUGAUGUACAUACCGUAUGCUAUUAUAUACUAUGUUGAUAGGGUCUAUAUGACAUGCAAUCUUCGCGGUCUGUGCACCACGCCAGCCCUGCCCAGCUACUUCACUGCUGAAGUGUGGGUGUUGAUAGUGGCCAUGUUGUUACACGUGCCUGUCUGCGGCGCUGCGCUGUUAGCUGCUGACAGGCUGAAGUCUGGAGGCAGGAUAUGUAAGCGUAAAAAAACCACGUCAGAAGCGAAGUGCGACCUGGAAGCGGAAGCUGGCGGGGAAGCUGGCGAAGACGAGGACGUGAGGAAGGAGCGGCGGCGCGUCACCGGCUUCCUCAACAAGCCGCCGCAGGACGCACCUGUUCUUGUUGUUCAUAAUCUGCGCAAAGAGUACAAAGUCCGCGGCACGGGCGACGCCGCCUGCGCAUGUUGCGGCAGCGCGCCUCAGCUGCGCGCGCGGCGGGCGGGGCUCGCGCGGCUGUCGCUCGCGGUGCACGGGGGGGAGGUGUUCGGUCUGCUGGGGCACAACGGCGCGGGCAAGACCACCGCCAUGAAGAUUAUUACUGCUGAGGAGAGACCUACCAAUGGUGUGGUGAUGCUGGGGGGUGAGAACAUAUACGACUCGCAAGCGUCCGCAUUCCAGAUGCUGGGCUACUGCCCGCAGCACGACGCGCUGUGGAAGAACGUCACCAUCCGGGAGCACAUCGAGUGCUACGCUGCUAUCCGCGGCGUCAGCAAGAACGAUACUCCAAGGAUAGUAGACGCGUACCUAAACGGUCUACAAAUCAUGGAGCACGCGGGCAAGCACGCGGACUCGUGUUCGGGCGGCACACGAAGGAAACUGUCGUUCGCGCUGGCCAUGGUGGGGAACCCCAAGGUGGUCCUACUGGACGAGCCGUCCACCGGCAUGGACCCGAGGAGCAAGCGGUUCCUGUGGGACACCAUCCUGGCCAGCUUCCAGGGUAAAAAAGGUGCUAUUCUGACGACACAUUCCAUGGAAGAGGCUGAUGCUUUAUGUUCGAGGGUAGGGAUUAUGGUUAAAGGUGGUUUGAGAUGUAUUGGUUCGACACAACAUUUGAAGAAUCUGUAUGGUGCUGGUUAUACGUUAGAAAUGAAAAUAGGGCAGAAUAACCAGAAGAUGAUGGAGCCGGAGUCAAUGUCUCCGUCACCGCUUCGUUCUACAGAGAACUCACCGUCACUAGGUGAAGCUGAUGAAGUGUCAGGGGUGGGCUCGGUGUGCGCGGAGGGCGAGGGAGAGGCUGAAGUGGAAGCUGUGGAUGUGAGCAUCCACACACCUCUGGUAGCUGGGACUCCACCUUCCAGACAACAUCAUCACAGAACGGAGUCCAGUGGUGGGGGGCCCAGCGCAGAGGCAGCCAUAGCUUUAGUCAGCCAGAUCUUCCCUGCAGCCGUGCUGGAAGAAAACUUCGCUGAGAGGCUGGUGUUCUCGGUGCCGCAGUGCUCUGUCUCCAGUCUGGCGAGGUGUUUCCAGCAGAUUGAGGAUGCGAAAGAUAAGCUAAACAUAGUGGAGUACAGCUUCAGCCAGACGACGCUGGAGCAGGUGUUCCUCAAGUUCGCCCAGACGGAGAGCGUCGACGCUGACCAAGAGCACUAGCUGCAGCUGCAAAGUUCAUCUUCUUCCUCCGAGAGAGAAGCUGGACACGAUGGAAUGUAGCUUCAGCUAAAUGUGAGAAUAUUUAGCUGUUGGACAACGUCGACGCGCACCAGGAGCACUAGCUGCUCUGCAAUGAUCAUAUUCUUCCUCUGCAUGAAGCUGGUCAUGGUGGCGUAGCUUCACCUAAACAUUCUCAAGUUCGCGCAGGCGUAGAGCGUCGUUCAUUCUGUUACAGAUUGUGAGUUUUGACAGUUCAUUUUAACAUGAAUGUUGGCAUGGCAUGAAAAAUAUGAUUGUUUAUGUCGAGCUUCUAAAACAGUUAUCAUUGAUUAUUGUAUCGAUUGUUUUUGGGUUUCGCGAGUAAGCCAGAGGAUCGGAUCAUUUUGUAACGGUUUGUAAAUUUACGAUUACAUGAUUAAACAAAUACAUUGACACUUUACACUUGAAUUUAAUAAGUGACAGUCGUUCGUGACUGUUUUGAAUCUUGAAUAAAAUUCGUAGAUAAUUUUCUUUCAUUAAUGGAAUAAUGUUCAGGGGCAUGGAACGUAAUGGGUACCGAUAAUUUAGAAUUCAUAGGAAAAGUGACAUUGUAAAUUUGUGAAUAUUUAUCUCCAUGUAGAUUUGUGGACUGUAAAAGGAACUGUCAAAAUUAAAUAUCUCCUUGAAUAAAUUAUCAAGAGCGGUGUGUGACGAUUAGUUUGUGUUUGAAAUAUCUUUCAAUAUAUUUAUUAAACUUAACAUAGUAGUUAGCCAAAAUUCGAAACUUGUUUUGGAUGUACUUCGGGUGAGUUCCGUCAAAGAUUUUCAAACAAAAUUAAUCGCCGAAAUCAUCGCUGAAAGUGCUUUUGAAAACCAACAUGUAAUAUAAAAAUCGCUUGAUAUAAAUAUAUAUAAAGAUAGUUUAUUUUGUUGAUUUUGUAAGCUUUUGUAUGUAUAUCUCAGAUCGAGAGAAUAUUACUUAGACGUCGUAGUGAAUCAGUUUUAAGACGAAUGUUACAUUUUUAUAAUGAUGGCUCAUGAGAUGAGCAUAUCAUAGCUACAGUCCGUUUUAAAGUCAUGCGGAAAAAAUACUAAAGGACCUAUCUCUGUCGUUUCAAUUAACUCUUUGAACACUUUCAACCGUUCUUCUAUGGGUGCCUCAUUAUCAUGGUCAAGUCCUUCUUGUCCUCAGCUCGGCGGAACAGUCCACCUGCGCUCGCUAUCCCGGUCCAUUCUCGGAUGUUCCGCAGCCAAGAAUUUUUCCUUCCUACAAAGCUUUCUCUUUCCAGCGACUUUACCCGUCAUUAUUAGUUGUAGGAGGUUGUAUUGUUGAUGCUAAGAACAUGACCCAAAUACGAGACUUUACGACGUUUUACAUUGGACAUGAGUGUGCGUUAAUUAAUAUGUUCAUUAUUUAUAAAUUAUUUUCAUAUAGUGUUAGUUUCAACCGUUACGGUACUAUUCGAAACUUAAUGCCGUUUGAUCAAAUGUGAUUUGCUCGUAAACUUUCCCCCAAUUGUCGGCGAGCUUUAUAGUUUGUUACAAUCAUGCAUCAAACUUAAUUUUUGUUGUUUAAUGUCACGCAGUCAAUAGUAAACGAAAGUUUCGAAGUGUAGAACGAAAAUGAUGAUCAUUUUGUCAUCCUUCAUAUAAAUUUAAUAAAUUUACAUUGUGUGCAGCAAAAUUGGUGUUCAAAAAGUAAAAUGUAGGUAAGUAGGUACUCAAUGGACGAAAAUAACCGAUAAUUAGAUUGGGUACAUAUUCAUUUGUCAUCUUUCCGGGUUGCUCAUUAACGGACUAUAGUAACCAAUCCAUAAAAUUCAAAUGGAUUGAAAGAAUUAUAUUGCAUCACCUUCAUUCUAAUGCAAAUAAAUUUGAAAAUACGUAACUCCGGCUUUGUACAAUAAUAUAUGCAAAGUAACACCAAAAACUUUUAGUUUUUAGAUAGGUCAUGUGAUUUUUGUCUAGUCAGACUGCGAGUCGUAUCCAUUGGUUUGAAAAUAGUCCCACCGCUGGCGGUAGGACAAACGUCAAUAAUUAGAAAGGUUAGUAUAAUGUUUUGUUUCUUCUUAUUUGCCAGUUGCCAGUAUUUUUUCCCCACUUAUUUUAAAAUCUUUUAUGUCACGAAGGGGUCACGUGAUCGGCCAAGUUCGACCGCUUCGGCGCUACUAGAAAUUUAUUUGUAGGCAUUUUUUUUUUUAAAUCGAUGGAUAUGACGCAAAGAGAUUUCAUUUUUAAAAAGUUUCACAUUCGUUGCUCGAUUUAAGUGAUUUGUGUGUAAGCUGCGAUAAUGUUGGGAACUUUUCGAAUCGUGAGGGUAGGAAAAUAUAGCUUUUUACUAUCUUUACGGUUGAAACCGUAGCGUGUUAUGUUACUAAUAAAGAUAUAUGAUGUUUUCACUUAUAGGUUAGCGCGGGUAUCGACACGGAAUAGACAGUUGUUGAUGUGUAACAGAAUUCCAACAGAAGCGAGACACAAUGCUUAAAUAAUAGGGUUGCCUGUGUAUAAAAUAAUAUGUAUAAGUAAAUGCAUUCACAUAUUGAAACACGAUAAUCUUGUGUCACCUUGAUUGAUCGAUUUAAUUUGUAGUAAGAUUUUGUAGAAGCGGUAGUGGUAUAACGGUCUCAGGCUCGAAUCCUACUCGUGCCACAUGAGUUUGUAUACAAAUCUGACUCAUAUAUAGUGGUUUUCAUCGACCACCACUUGCUACCGAUGAAGGGAAACAUCGUAAGGAAACCUGCACACUGGUCGAUUAUUAACUUGUGUGUGAAAUGGAGAAGGCAAUGGCAAACCCCUCCAUUAAUAAUGCCAAGAAAGUUGUUGUGUGUGUUUCAUUCCACGUAAUGACCACGAGCCUCAGCCAUGAGGAAUACGACUAUGAAGAAGAGGACUUUGUAUUUUUUUAUUUGUUAUUUGUAUAAUUUGAAACGCUUUUUGACUCAAAGAUCAAUUUGUGACGUCACUUAUUCUAUACAAUUCUAUAAGUGACGUCACUAAAUAUAUUAGCGUGUAUUAAUACGCUUUUCUCUUUCUCUGUCUCUCUUAUCUGAGCGUUACGACCGUCGCCAUUGAGCGUCGGAGCCCAGCGUCCGCUUUCCUACUUUUUCGCAUCCACUUUCGUUCGGAGCAUUCCCUAGUUGUCAGACCAUUUCUUUUGUGGGUGAAACAAUAACAUGUCUACAGUUUUCUCUGUCUAUGGAAGUAACGGAAGUUUGCAAGAUUUGAACAAAAAAAAUGGAGCUUAUUAAAAGCUAUUCCGUGCCGAUAUCCCGCCUUCACUCGGUCGAAUGUGUCGGGUGUAAGACAAAGUAGUGUGUAGCAUUGUAAAAUAGACGCAAUAUAAGAUUAUACUUGUGUAAUAUAUACUGCUUUAUUCCAAAACGUUGUAUGAACAAGAUAUAUAAUAUUUUUUUUUACUAAAAUGUCAUUUUUGUCACAAGUUUUUAUUGUCGUCAGAGAGAUCUUGUGGCAUUUAACGCCUGACAAAAAAGCAAUGUGCCGUUGAGGAGUUCCUGUUGGGAGCCUUUCCUGGGCGCACCAUAAGGUCAUGCUUAUCACAAAUAAUGCAUUGCAUUGGAAACUGAAGUGACAAUAGUUUAGUAUACAAUAUGUUUGGAAAUUUUUUAACCGACUUAAAAAAAGAAUAGGUUUUCAAUUCAUCGAGAUAUCGUUAUGAGCGCGGAACUAAGGAUUAUCAAAAUAUUAUUCACGGAUAAUCUCGUGUAAAACCAUAUAAUAACACUAACAUAACACUUAAACCUUUUUAAUUUAUACCUCUUGAAUCAGUCUAAAAAAUUUAAAUGAGUCGCGUAAUUAGAUCUUUAGAUGUAAGCGUACAUAGGGACAGACAAACAGCGGGAAGCUGUUGUUAUAUGAGUAGUGUGAGGGGAGUGAGGUGAGAACGGGAAUGAAAUACGUGUAGUUCUAUACAGCUGGCCAAAAAAUGGUAGAAAAAAUAUAUAUACAACGUUUUGUGAUAACGCAGAAAAUCAUGCUUAUGACAUACCUACAUUAUCUGUGCCUUUUUUGAAAUAAAAACUUUGAUCAAUUUUAAUUUGUAAGCGUAACAAAAUCAUAUCAGCCUAAUUUAACUUGUUUGAAAAUGAUUGCAUCCAUCGGGCAGAGUUUUAUCAAUUUAAAUUUAACGUUUACAUGUGUUUACUGUUCUGUAGUGCUAGAUAUUUUGUAUGCGGACAUUUUGAUACGGAAUUUAUUUACGCAAUCGUUUUAUUUAUUUAAAAAGAUAUAACACACAUUGUCGUUUUGUACAAGGUUUUUUAUUUUAAUUUAAAUAGUUUAUCUUGCAACUGCUUAUAAUAUACUUCUAAUAUUUGGCGACAUAUAUUUGCUAUGUGUAAUCUAAGCGUCCCACUAUCAUUCAUAGUGAACGCUUUGACAAGGUUAUCAACAAAUAUUAUAUCAGUUAAUUAACAUUAUUUUUUGGGAAUUUUUCUUUUUACGUCAUUUCAUCUCCACCCAACGACCGCGAGUAGAAAACCGAAAAUGUCAGUUAAAACAAUAAAUAAAUUAACCUCGAUAUUAAAAUAAAUACAAAAGAUAUCAUUUGUUAUAUUGUCGUAUUUUAAGUUAGUUAAGUUAUAUGUAAGUAGGAAUUCCAUUUAUAUUUAUGUGUGACAUCUUUCGUCUCGCUUCUCUACGAAGGAGAGUGAAAAGUCAUGUAAAUGGAAGCGUGUGACAGAAAGCCGUCAAAAAAUCGCGCUUUUUAAGGGCAUUGUUAAACCUUAUAUUUGCAAUAUUUCAUCCAAGACUGGAUAUGUUCCAUUCCAGUAUUAUAUUCCAAUCUAAUACGAUUCUAAAAGUGAGUCGCUCUAGUCAACUUUGAUGUUAAACUUUAAUCUGCGCGGUAAAACGCAAAGUACGCCAUUUUGUCUAACUAAAUGUCAGCGGAGCGCAGGUUGUCAAUGUCAAAGCUGCCCUUAGUCUAACACAUUUUCGUUUCAUUUAAUGACAAUGGCUGAAAUAAUAACUUUUUAAAACGGGCAAAACAAAAAUAAAAAAGGCUUUGUCAAAAAUAAACAUGGUUGUUUUACAUUGAUUUAAGAUUAAGGUGACCCGCGCGUUUGUUUGGUUUAGGUUUGUUAAUUUAUAAAAAUGCUGACAUUUUGUACGUACCUAUGUUCAUCUCUGUAGUAGUAUAAUUUUAUGCAAAUUUAUUGAAAUGCGUUAUAAAAAUAUGGAUAUGUUAUUUGAUAUUGGUUUGUUUCUAGUGAAGUUUAGUCAAUUAAUUUAGACCGAAUAAAACAUCCGACACGA